GUGUUUGGUCAUCCGUCUGCCGUGUUUCUCCCUCUAGCUUAUUUUUUAUUACACGAACACGAACAACAUAACAGAAGAGAGAACCCUAGAUUGUUCCAUAGCCUUCCUUCGUCAGACUUUUAUCUAUCACUCUUCUUACCCCCCACGAAUCGGAACAUCGUUCUAAAGAGAAGCAUCUGAUUGAGAUUAAUUCGAUCGAUUAAUCGGCUGCCAUGGCAGGGAGAAUACUUGCAAAUUUGAUUGUGAUGGGUUCUGGGAUCAUUGGUCGCGCCGUCUUUCAAGCCUAUCGCCAAGCACUUGCAAAUGCAUCUAAAACUGGUGUUGCGCAAGAAGCAAUGCAGAAUGCAGUACGUAAAGCAGGAAAAGCCAUCAAUGAGCAAGAGGCUAGGCAAAUUCUUGGUGUGACUGAGCAGACCUCUUGGGAAGAAAUAUUGCAGAAAUAUGACAAGCUGUUUGAGAAUAACGCAAAAGCUGGGAGCUUUUACCUUCAAUCCAAAGUUCAUCGAGCUAAAGAAUGUCUAGAAGUUGUAUACAGGAGCAAAGGCAACGGUACUCCUAGUUAAGAGCUUAAAUCUUUUUUUCUUACAGAUUCAGAAUUCUUGCUCUUAAUGUAAAAUUAAGACGAUUUCAUGCUUCUUUGAGAUGAUGUGAAACUUAUAAAAACGGCCACAGUUUUUAUUUUUCACCCAUUAAUUAGUAAUAACCAAGACAGGCUUGAUCAGUGUCAAAGAAGCUCUCAAAAGGUAAAACUAGAAUGGAUUGUUCUACGUGUGUAAUUUUGUAUCAUUCUCCCCUGAGAGAAGAUCUGUUUACCGUCUGUAAUGUAUACUAUAUAAUAAGAUUACUUCAUUACUGUA